AUGACUACCUCAAUCAUAGACGAAUUAGAGGUCUAUGGUCGAGCAGCUGAUAUGGAGAAGGUUCUUGACCAAAUUUUGUCCAAGAGUAGUAGUCAAGGAAGAGAUGGGGUUCAAAUUAUCUCUGUUGUAGGGGCCGGGGGUAGUGGAAAGACCACACUUGCCCAGCUGCUCUUCAAUAAUGAUAAAGUGAAGAACCACUUUGAACUUAGAAAUUGGACCUGCAUAUCAGAUCCUUUCGACCAGAAAAGGGUCGCGAAAGCUAUCCUUGAGAAUGCUGGAAAAAGUUCUUAUGAAGCAGAGUUGGAUCCGUUGAUCCGACGUAUAAAAGAAACUUUUUCCGGCAAGAGAUUCCUGCUUGUCCUAGAUGAUGUUUGGAUAGAGGACGACUCAAAGUGGAAACCUUUCAAAGACUCUCUUAAGGAUGGGGCUCCCGGAAGUGUAAUCUUGGUAACGACAAGGAGUCAUAGAGUGGCCACAGUGGUGGGAUCGACUGAUACUCACGACCUAGGCAUGAUCUCUCACUCUGAUUGUUGGUUAAUAAUGCAAAAGAUAACGCUUGCUAGAAAAUCAGGAGACUUAUGCAAGAAGGUGGAAAGAAUUGGGCAGAAAAUUGCAGAAAAGUGCAAGGGGUUGCCACUUGCAGCAAAGACUAUGGGAAGCUUGUUACGGUUCAAAGAUACCGUACAGCAGUGGCAGAAUGUUUUGGAAAGUGAGAUAUGGCAAUUGGAGGAAGCAGCUGUGGACCUUUUCCCUCAUUUGUAUUUAAGCUAUAACGAGUUGUCCCCGGAGCUGAAACGUUGCUUCUCAUAUUGUGCUGUCUUUCCCAAAGAUGUUGGGAUAAAUGUAGAAGAACUUAUUAGGCUGUGGAUAGCACAAGGUUAUGUUCGCCCAAGACGAAGAGGUGAGCGCUUGGAGCUGGUGGGCCGUGAGUACUUCAACAAUUUGGCAAUGCGUUCCUUUUUUCAAGGAUUACAAAAAUAUGGUCAUGAAUAUGGCGAGUGCAUGAUGCAUGACAUAGUGCAUGAUUUUGCACAAUUUCUCACAAAAAAUGAAUGUCAUGCACUUGAUGGAAUUGGAAGAAAUUCAUCUAGUGAAAGACCACGUCAUCUAACAAUUUUGGGAGGCACUGAGGAGGAGAUGUUUAGUUCUCCAGUCGUUGAUUUUGGAAGGCUCAGGAGCUUUUUUGCUUUUUCUGCAAUUGGAAUAGUAGUUCCCCAAAAUAUAUUCUGCAGUUUGAAGCGCGUGAGGACUCUGACUUUAAGUCAUUGUGAGCUAGCUGAAAUCCCAGCAGCGACCGGAUGUCUGAUUCAUCUUCGGCACUUGGACUUAAGUAGUAAUCCUUUCGUGACACUGCCAGAAGCUAUAUGUGAUCUAUAUUAUCUGGAAACUUUGGAUAUCGGUUUUUGUGGAAAGCUUUCGUGCCUUCCUGAAAGGAUUGAAGGCCUUGUACACUUGAGGCACCUUGAGAAUGUCGCGACCCAUGAAUUACGUCAAAUUCCACAAGGACUCAGGAAGCUGACGUCACUCUGUAGUUUGACUCGGUUCAUUGUCAGGUGCAACUCUGAUGAUUUGGCAAUUCUGAAGGACCUGAACCAGCUUGAAAUAUUGGGCAUUAAAAUUGAAGGAGAAGUAGAUUUUGGGAGUGCGGAACUUGGCAAGAAAGUCAACACGCGUGACAUGUAUUUGCUCUUUAGCAAUGGGACCCACUUUAUAGAAACUCCAAGCUGCAUUGAAACCAUGGAACCACCUCCAAACUUGGAAAAACUUGAGCUAGAUGGCAAUCCAGGAGCCCAGUUACCAAGUUGGCUUGUGACGAAGUCUCACGCCGAUAACUUGACAAGGCUAGUUAUUGCUAGGGCCCGCAACAUCUCAUCCUUGCCUGCCUUGUGGAAGCUAUCAUCCCUAGAAGUGCUUGUGCUCGUGGAAGCGGAAAAGCUAGAAUGUUUGGGUAAGGAAUUCUUCGGAGUUACAAAAGCACUACAUGAGAAUAGUCGCGAUGCUCUUGAUACAUUGUCAGACUCCAAGUCAUCAUUCUCAGCUGAAGUAGUGGCAUUUCCAAAUUUGAGAACAUUACAUAUUCGCCGCUUCCAAAAUUGGACAAAUUGGGAAGACUUAACUAGAAAUUAG